AUGGCAGCUCCUCCUCGCCCAACCACAGUUGCACCCAGAGACACCCAACAGUAUGCCCUCAGCACCGGCUCUCGUCCUUACCGGUCACACAAGGUCCGCGCCUGUGAUCUAUGUCGAAAGCGCAAAUCUCGGUGUACCGUCGACCUACCUGGCCAGUCAUGCUUGUUGUGCAGAGUUCAAGGGGCCGACUGCCAUUAUGGCGAGGACAAGUCCAAUUUGAUGGACCAGCCAGCGCCAAAUGUCAACACUGAAACCAAGCCCUGGAGCAUGCCUCCCGAUACCAAAGGGCUAAAAAGGACGCAUGAUGAGAUGAAUUCGGCGUCUCCCGCUAGAAGUCUCAUGGACAUCCCACGGAUGCUCUCCAAGGAAAAUCAUGCAAAGUCAAAAGCUAAAGUAGAGAGCGAACACGGCUAUCGACACGGACCAGGGGAAUCCGUACAUAUUGUUGGGCCGGUUGCGGCCGCUGAUGCUCAGGUAAUUGAGCGGUAUACUGAACGAUCGAAUAAUCACAGCCCUGACCGGAAGACACCUUAUAAUGUUUAUUCUAACGACCCAAGAAAACCAAUUCUGUAUACUACCGUAUCAAGACGACGACAGGGGCUCAAGACGACUGGAACUCCUGGUGAAAACCAAAGGGAUAUCCUCGAGCAGAUCAUAGGCCCAUUUAAGCAUGAUCUUAUCAAGAUAUUCCUGGAUAAAAUUAAUGCUUCGUUCCCAUUAUUUGACGAAGAAGCGUUUUUGAGCGGAUAUGAGGCUCAGGAUGACAGCGUUCCGCCUGCAUUAUUGUGCCAGGUGUAUGCGACAUCGCUCAUUUAUUGGAACCAAUCGCCUGUCCUGGCUCCGCAUCCAAAGCCUGAUGUUAGAUAUGCUGUUAACAUGGCUGUGGCCGCACUCCAUGAAGAAUUUUCUGCUCCAGGGCUAUCGACACUUAGUGCCGCCUUGAUUGAUCUAACAGGCAGGCCCAUCUUUUCUACCACAGGAAAUGCCAUCAAUAGUGGCCGUACCGUAGCUCUUUCACAUUGCCUUGGCCUCAACCGAGAUCCAAGUAAUUGGAAAUUAUCCCGCGCAGAGAAAAACCAACGUAUUCGGCUCUGGUGGGGCGUUGUCAUCCACGACAAGUGGGCAAGUUAUGGCCAUGGCGUGCCCCCGCAUAUCUCCCGUAACCAAUAUGACGUUCCUCUCCCGACCAUCAGCGUCCUGGUGCCACAAGCAAACCCCACUCAGCAGAGAGUCAGAGCUGCACAUUGCUAUAUUGCCUUGUGUCAGUUGACUGAAAUUCUCGGUGAUCUCCUCCCCUUGGUAUAUGGACUCCAGCCGAGGCCUUCCAAGGAGACGUCAAAGAUCCUUAGAAGAAUGAGAUCAGAUCUAGAUCGAUGGGAAGAUUCUCUUCCGGACUGGCUCAGGGUGCCACAAGACCAAGAUACCCCAUCAACAUCGGGAUCCAGCAGCAUGCAGCUAGCAUUUUUAGCACUGAAAAUGCUAGUCUGUAGAGUUGAACUCCAAGAAGUUAACCCUUCUGACAACCCAAACGCAGAAGCCCGCCGGUAUUUCCAAACUGAAUGUAGGAAGGCAGCAGAGGAAAUCGUUCAGUUCAUGCUAUCGUUGAGAAAACCACAGUAUCAAGAAUUCUGGAUGUCCUCCACAGAUAGUUCGUACCAUCUAACGUCAACUGCGACUCUUCUCGUCCGCUCUGCGCUAGAAACGUCUGAUCCCGAAAUUGCUCGAGCCUGUCUCAACAAUGUUAGCAUCCUUCGUGGUGUUCUCGAAAAAGCACGAGCUGAAAAUGACUGGGAUGUCGGUGACAUGUGCCUUGACCACUGUGAGAAGAUAUUGAGCAAGCAUACCACUGAAGAGGUAGUGCAAGCUUCGGAGCUCAAUAGAAACACCGCCAUGAAUCAUCAUGGUUCUGACGCCCCUGAAGCGACGGCAAUGACGCCGUAUGAUCGAGCAACGCACAAUGAUAUCGUUGACGACAUGAUGUCGAUUUCUGGCACGUUCGGGACAAUGGAUGGUUUCCCCUUUGAUAUGACUGGGAUUUGGGAUGUAUCGGGCCUACAAGACCACGAUACAAGCUUUAUCAACAUGACUCCGCUGCCGUACCAUUUGCUCAAAGAGAAAAGAGAUAGAUAG